GGUUCAACAAGCAGUUCAUCUGCAAAAGACAUUACAGCAUGAAUUAGAGAACUGGAUGCGAAAAGAAAAAGAAGCAGAAGAAAAAAUUAAUGAAGACUCUAAAAAAGUGGAGAAAUGGGCAUCAAAAGAAAUUUUACUUAAUCAAAAACUGGACGAAUGUGCUGAAAAAAUUGCUAGCUUAGGUGCUCUACCACAGGUUGAUGGAGUUUAUAGUAAAAUGUCAUUAAAAUCACUUUUUAAGGAGCUUGAAAAAGCGAAUCAACAUCUUAAAAAGUAUAAUCACGUAAACAAGAAAGCUUUGGAUCAGUUUCUCAGUUUUUCUGAACAAAAAGAAAAGUUGUAUAAACGAAAAGAUGAAUUAGAUGUGGGAGAUCAAAAGAUUCGGGAACUAAUGAAGACUCUUGAAAUGCAAAAGGUUGAGGCCAUACAAUUUACUUUUAAGCAAGUUGCACAGAAUUUCACCAAAGUAUUUAAAAAACUUGUACCACAAGGUGCCGGCUAUUUAAUACUUAAAACAAAGGACAGUGAAGAUGAGAAAGAUGACAAAGAGGUGGCCAAUUCUGACGCGUUUACUGGAAUUGGUAUUCGCGUAUCCUUUACAGGAGUUGAUGCAGAAAUGCGAGAAAUGAAUCAGUUAUCUGGAGGCCAAAAAUCUUUGGUUGCGCUGGCAUUGAUUUUCGCAAUUCAAAAAUGUGAUCCAGCGCCCUUUUAUUUGUUCGAUGAAAUUGAUCAGGCGCUAGAUGCUCAACAUAGGAAAGCUGUAGCAGAUAUGAUACAUGAGUUAAGUGAUCAGGCACAGUUUAUUACAACAACAUUUAGACCAGAGCUUUUAGAAAAUGCUCAUAAAUUUUAUGGGGUUCGUUUCAGAAACAAAGUCAGUCAUAUUGAUUGUGUUACCAAGGAACAAGCGAAAGACUUUGUCGAGGAUGAUAACACACAUGCCUAGAUGUAAUAAAUUGGACUUAAAUACAUAAUAACCGUCAUAUAUCAAAAA